AUGGAAGAUCAGGAGCCUGCCGGGCCUGAACCACAGGAGAAUUCGGAGGCGGGACCGAGGGACCUUCGCGUCAUCCAAAUCGGGGCCACUGGGGAGUUGCUGGAAGGGGUGGGCCCACCGCAGUUUAAACGGGAGCCAGAAGACCAGUGCUGGGAAAACCAGUUGCAGGAUUUCCUGAAGACGAUGCAGCCCCCUCGAUCGGGAUGGAGGAACUCACCGCAUUCCCCUCACUACUCGCCAGAAGAAGACACAAAGUAUUUCCAGGCUGCAUUCAAGAGAUCCGCUGAUGGCAGCCCGUGGCCCAGAGCUGAGUGCCUGGGCCAAGCCCUCCCGGGCCUCAACAAAGGGGACAGCGAGGCCUACGAAAGCAGCCGGGAGACACCCGUGAAAGUGAAGGAAGAGGUUAUGGACGAGGACCCGGGCAACUUGGAGCUCCGGCGCCAGCGCUUCCGACUCUUCUGUUACGAGGAAGCCGAGGGGCCACGAGAGGUUUGUAACAAGCUCUGGGAACUUUGCCACCAGUGGCUGAGGCCGGAGACGUACAGCAAGGAGCAGAUCCUGGAGUUUCUGAUUCUGGAGCAGUUCCUGACUGUCCUGCCCCAGGACAUGCAGGGCUGGGUCAGGGGCCACGAUCCUGAGACCUGCACUCGGGCGGUCGCCCUGGCGGAGAGUUUCUUGGAAGAAUCCGAGGAACCGGAACAAAAGGUGGCGGGAGGCUUGGAGAAAGCAUUCAGUUCUCCGAAGUCGGAUCCUUCCUCACCAGACGUCCUGAAAAUGCAGCUGCCCAUGGACGAGAAACAGGAAGCUGACUGGGAAGCUACUUUGUCUGGCAAUGAGCAAACGCCAGAUGAUGAAGAGGAGACUUUUGAGGGGGACCGGCCUGAGCAAGUGGGUAUUGGGGGAGGCUCACUGGAAAGGCCCAAAGGGAAAUGUUUCCAGGGUCCUGAGGCAGAAGAGGGAGUUGAAAGUCAUCAGGGACCAGAAAAUCGGCAGGAAAACUCUCCUGGGAAGGCACCAAAACUUUGUGAGGAACCCGAUAGGGGCUUAUCAGAAAGCGCCUUCCAGGAGGGAAUCCGCAAGCUUGCCAAUUCAGGGGAAAGCCCCUGUCAGCGCUUAGGCCCCCGAGAAACUCACAUAAGUGAUAAGCCCCACAAAUGCUCCUUUUGUGAAGCGAGUUUCUAUGAGAGAACACACUUGGUCAUUCACGAGCGAAUCCACACUGGAGAGAAACCGUAUAAAUGCUCUGUGUGCGAGACGUGGUUCUCUCACCCCUCGGAGCUGCUGAGGCAUGAGGAGACCCACAUGCCCGAGAAGCCCCACAAAUGCGCUGUCUGUGGCAAAAGCUUCAACCAGAAAGCCUCCCUGAUCACCCACGAGCGAACCCACACAGGGGAAAAACCAUAUGAGUGCUCCGAGUGUGGGAAGAGCUUCAGCACAAGCUCCCAGCUCAUAACGCACAAGCGAGUCCACACGGGUGAGAAGCCAUACAGUUGCUCCUACUGCGGCAAAAACUUCAACCAGAAAGCAUCCCUGAUCACCCACAAGAGGACCCACACUGGGGAGAAGCCGUACGAGUGUACGCUCUGCGGGAAAAGCUUCAGUGCUUGCUCUCAAAUCAUAAACCACAUCAGGGUCCACACGGGAGAGAAGCCGUACGAGUGCUUAGAAUGCGGGAAGCGUUUCGGGAGCAGUUCCCACCUGACCGAUCACAAAAGAACACACACAGGGGAGAAGCCGUACAAGUGUCCCGACUGCGGGAAGAACUUCAGCCGAAGUUCCAACCUGACAGCACACAGCAGGAUCCACACGGGAGAGAAGCCAUAUAUAUGCUCAGGUUGUGGCAAAAGCUUUAGGCAGAAGGCCUCCCUCAUUACCCACAAGAGAACCCACACGGGAGAGAAACCCUUUGAGUGCUCCGAGUGUGGGAAAAGCUUCAUUUCGAGCUCUCGCCUCGUAAGCCAUAAGAGGGUGCAUACGGGAGAGAAACCAUACGAGUGCUUAGAGUGUGGGAAGUGUUUCAUUUCCAGCUCCCAUCUUCUAAGCCAUAAGAGGGUGCACACGGGAGAGGAGCCGUAUAAGUGCUCGUAAAUGCGGGAGACCCGUUAUUGCGCUGCCCUUCAGAUAACGGGCCGAUUCACACAUACCCCCGGCCAGGAAUCCUGUAUACCAGGGAUGACCAACUUCUAGAUUCUCAGGGGCUGCUCUUUUCUCCAGGCAGCAUCCUGGGGGGGACAAGAACGGCCAGCUCCAUCAUAAAGUCGGCACCUUUUUAGCAGUAAGGGCGUCACAGUAAAGGCGCACAGACAUAGUCUAACCUACAGAUACCUGCAUCUACAUAUUAUAUGCCAGACCCCAAAGAGAGAUAUAAUAUUUAAAGUGUGGAUGCGAUCUCUCUUACAAUUUAAAAACAGUUUUGCUAGGGCCAGGUAGAUUUCUUCUAGAGGCUAGACCCAUCCAGCAGGGUUGACGGUGGCCCACAUCUCCAGGGUUGACAGUGGCCCACAUCUCCUCUGUAUGCCAGAGGCACAAGCCGUGCAGCGGCAGGCCAUGCGCGUCAGAGUAGGUUGAGGUAUAAUAACCCUGACCUUUGGGGUUCUUUUUUUUCUUCCCACAAAAGGCCACAGAGUAUGCAAGUUGAGCGUGUGCACACAGCUCACCAGCGCCACCAGUGCAUCAAACGCGUACUGCGAGGUGCACGAACUUAAGGCUAGACGGACCAAUGGUGUGGCUAGGCAGAAGGCAGCUUCAUGUGUUCAUAAAUGUGCUCACCGUGUGUACGUGAUUCCCCAGCCGGCAAAUGUGUGAACCAGCCCUGAAGCACGAGAAUCCCUGUAUGUAGUACCCGAAGGGAGUUCAAAACGGAGAUGCGUAGGCAGUUAGAGGGCAGGGUUGUGUUCAGGGAUUUUUCUCCAUGUUGACUUGUCUGCUGAAGAACCCCCUGAACAGCUCCCUCAAAAGACAUGUGGCAAGGAAUUCUGGGAUAUUUUCUAGGGCACCCAAAUAGUUUGCUCACAGCAUUGGUUAGGCAUUUCAGGCCGCCCUGUAGCCCUGUGUGUACCUGAGUUCUGGGUCGCAUGUGAUGGGCAGCAAAAUUAAUACUGAGGGGAGUAGAAUUCAGGUUGUCAACCAGUCUGGCGAGAAACGUCCUGCCCAUUUAAUAAUUUGUGCAUUUCAGGGCAUGGAGGUAAAUAACAUCACUCAAUAAAUAACAUCCCACAUGGCCUCUAUGAAAAAGGGAGAGAACGUUUUCUUCCGGGCCUGUUGGCAACCAUCGUAGUCUGCUCUGCUUUGAGCACAUUUUGAAGCACUCUUUGUUUCAUUUUUGUUCUUUAAACUCCCUGCAAAUAGAAAACAGUGUGGUAAGCGGAAAGUGCGGGAGUAGAAGCUUUUCUAGGGAGGUUAUUUUUUGUUUUGUUUUGUUUUGUUUACGCAAAAGUUUUUUUUCCU